GAGACAGAGAGAGAGAGAGAAGUAGAGGAUGUGUGGAAGUAAAAGCAGCAACAAGGAAAUGAAAUGCAGACGGAAGAGUUCUCUACAUCUCUCUCUCUCUCUCUCUCUCUGUGUCUCUCUCACUCUUUCUCCCACACGGUAUCAGAUUCAGUGUGUGUGUUUUUCUAUCCUUCCCCUUUGACUGUGUGUGUGUGUGUGUGUGUGUGUAGGCGGGUGUGUGAGGACUCCGUCCCUCUCCUCAGUGAAAAGCAUGGACGGAUUGCGUCUGCCUCCACUUAUAGAGGAAGUGCUGGACUCCACAGAAGAAAGCAGCGAUCUGAAAUCAGGUGAGGACACGUUGGACGCCGAGACGAUGGAGAAGCAGUGUGAGAAAGCAGAGAUGGAGGGAGGAGAGAAGGAGAAGGAGGAGAAGAGUGAGGAGGAGGAGCUGGAGGAGCUCAGGGCUCAGAUACUGCACCUCCUGCUGGAGCUGGAGGAGGCGCGAGACGCCACACAGAAACACGAGGAGAACAGUGCGGAGCUGCAGGGACUCCUGGACGAGGAACGCUUAGCGAGCGCGCACCAGGCCGAGGCCUUCACCCGACAGAUCCAGUGUCUACAGGCCCAGCUGUGUUCAGUCCAGCAGGAGAUGGAGGGAGUGGAGCAGCAGAAGGUGGAGCUGCAGGAGGAGGUGCUGACGCUCCAGCAGGCUGUGGACGAGUACGAGCUCGAGACCGUCACGCUGAGAGCCGAGAUCGCCAUGAAGAGUCAGAGGAGAGAGGAGGAGAGAAAGAGAGAGGGUGAGGAGAAGACACGGGGGGGAGACGUGGAACAGCUGAAGGAGAAGUUUGCCAGUCUGAAGGCAGAGUGUGAGACCCUGAAAGAGGCCAACGGUAAACUGACAGGGAGACUGCAGGGGUUGCAGAGCAGUUCAGGAGGUGUGGCAGGUGGAGAGAAAGAUGAUGGAGGGAUUCAGAAGAGUAUGAUCGGGGGAUCAGGUUCCACCUGCACCCUGGUGGACGUCUGCAUUCAGAAGAACAUUUCCUUCGAUGGAAAGCCGCUUACACCCACCAGUUUGAGCUCAGGGUUCUCGGAGACUCUCUCUCUAAGAGAGCAGCUCAAACAAGCUGAGGAGCGAGCAGGACACCUGCAGAGGCAGUGUGACGGUGUGCGAACUGAGCUGAGGGAGCUACAGAACCUGUUUGAGACCAGUCAGAAGGAGAGAGCUGAGCUGGAGCUGGAGCUUCUGCGCUGUAGGGAGGAGCUAGAGAAACUCACAGAGGAGAGACAGUUCUGCACUGAGUCUACUGUUCUUUCACUGCCUUUCUUAGGAAUGAUCGUCAUCAUGGCAGUUCUGUGGUGCUGGUGGUCUGAGCUCGCGUCAUGAACAGCAGCAGGGAGUCUGUGGAUGAGACAGCGGGAACAGCAGAGAUGUCGAGCUCUUUAUACAAGUUUAAAUUCGGAGCUCUCGACCCACAGACAGCUGAUCACCUGACCUUUUGACCUUCUCCAUGACAACAGGGCUCUUUGGGUUUGGGCUCCCUGACUCUUUACUGAUCAAAAGAGUAUUCUAAAUGUGACAUUCUUCUUCUAAGUAUUAUUACUGAAACUUUCCUUAGGCAUUUUGUACAAAAGUUCUUUACUAACAGAGUUAAAUAUGGCUUGGAAACUAAUUUAUAAUCUCAGCUCUAUGUUUUGUGAAGAGGGUUAUUUAUUUAUAUAUUUAUCUUAAGUAUUGUUGUAUUGCAUAAAUUAAUAUGUUAAACAGUUUAAUGUAUUUUGAGUUAUGAAGUUUGUUAUUAGCAAAAACAACAACAGUUUUUUAGUAGUCAAAUACUAGAACACACAGAUUCGGGGCUAGCACCGCUUACGGAACGGAGUGUUUAUACAGGAGUGUUUAUACAGUAGUGUUUAUUACCCGUAAUGGACAAUAUGUGGUGAGUGCUCGCGAGCAGGAAGUAUGAAACAGGAAGUAAACACAACGCUGCAGUUAUAAUGUGCUGAUGGAAGCAGAAGAAGCUUCUAAAGAUGUCUGAACAAAAAUGAAAUUCUGUCAUGUUGUAGUUUUUUUAAAGGAAAAAAAAGAAAUAAGUGUGACAAACUUUGAUUUAAUCUGUAUAAUUGUUCAUGUGUGUGUAGAUUGAGAUAUAAUAAUGAUAAUAAUAAUGAUCUCAGUAGUUUAGAUUAUAAACACAGACAGGGUUUAUUACUGAUCGAUUCGGACACACUGACAGUCAGACAUGUGUGUUGAUUGUUUACCCCUAACAGCCUGCCCCCAUGUGUUUUAUUCCUCUGACACCACAGCAGUUUGCCAACAAGUUUAACAAAUAAGCUGUAAUACUGUAAUCAGGGGUCAAAAACUUUUAAGCACCAAUGUGCUCUAUAUUCUCCAAAAAUAUGCAAAUAGAAAACUGAUCCUUCAGUGCCCUUUAGAUAAAAAAAGAAUAGUUUUAUAUACAGUUUAUUUAAAUUAAUAUUUUAAUUAGAACUCACACUCAGAGGUGGAGAGAAACGAAUUAUAUUUACUCGCGUUACUGUAAUUAAGUACUUUUUUUGUGUACUUCUACUUUUUAAAGUAGUUUUUAAAAUCUGUCAUUUUACUUUUACCUAAGUAUGUUUUCUUUUAAGUAUUAUACUUCGCUACAUUUGAAAUCAUAGCUGUUACUGAGUAAAAAAAAUAAAUGAAUAAAAUAAAAAAAAUAAAAAUAAUGCAACAGGGAAGGGAAAAAAUUGCACCCUAGAUUGCACUGCACUGAUUGAUUGAUGGACGGGGAGAACAAACGCGCUAGGACACAACAGAUGCUAGUGAUACAGACCACGCUGAAAGCUAAAUGCCAAUAAGUUCUUAUGAAGCAAACCCCUGGCCAUAUUUAAGUGACCACUUUGAUUUUAAUGCAAGAAAGGCAACAGCUUUAUUAUGCUUUUAAGGCGUUCCUUCAAUUAAAAACAACUAAUUUGAGAUUUAUAUCCGCUUGUCUUUUUUAAAAUACUACACUAAAAUCCCUCGUCCCAUCCCUGCUGUUAACUUUUACUUUAUACUUUUACUUGAGUAGAUUUUUAUAAUGGUAACUUUACGUGUACUUCAGUAUAAUUUCACUGAAGUAACAGUGCUGUUACUUGAGUAGAAAAUUGUAUUACUCUUUCCACCUCUGCUUAAAGCCGAGUCAGCGUUACAGAUUGCUAGAUUUGCACAUUAUACACGUUACAGAUCAUUUAAAAUUAUAUCAGGUUAUGAAAUGGCCAUGUUGUUAAAGACGUUCAGGUACAAACUUUUUGACAAACUUUGUUUUAUUUAAAAAAAUAAUAAUAAAAAAGAUUGCAAUCAUGUUCGUGAUGAAUUCCAGGGAUGUAACGUCAGUGUUAAACGGAGCGUUAGUGUGGAGGUGAUGACCGCGGGGUGAGUGUCAAAGGGAAAGGCUUUAAAUCAGAUUAAAUCCCUUUAAACCUCCAGCGUCUCAUUUCUCCUUUACACGUCUUUAAUAAAAAACUCCCAUGAUCAUCUUUAGUGGGAUGAAAAUAUUAACUGUACAAUUAUUUCUGAUUUAUUUUAUCAUAGUGUCUUUUUCUUUCUUAAUAAACAAGCUUAGCAGUAAUAACUUUUUAAAUGUAAUGUCGCUGUGUUUAGAGACGGCACUCUGCCUUUUUGUGCUCCUUUAUGAAAGACUUUAGAUUUGAAUAUUUUUAUUUUUUGUGAUGUUUGUGCUUUGCAUUUUGUAUUUUAAAAAUGUUUUAUUUAGUUUUUAUUCCUCUCAGUGAAACAACUUACAGUGUAAUGAAUGUUAAAUAAUAUUUAUAGAUGAUUUGUGUAUUAGAGUGUUUUAGCUGACGAGCUGCAGUUCGGUGAUUUUUGUGCAUUGUGUAGAUUGUAGAUAAAAAUAACGCAAAAAUCAAAUCCAGCAGAAGAUUAAAGAAAAGCAAAAUAAAGCAAUAUCCCUAUUUACACCAACCAGCACUAAAACCUCUUCUCUCUUUACGCUUGUGUCUCUUUAUAAACGCUCGUCACGCUAAUCAAUAAAAACACUGUUGGUUUGGA